AAUGGAUCCGAAUAACAAGCGGUAGAAAAACAAAGUAAAAAGAUGACGGCACGUAGACGUUGGCCUCCGUUUUUGGCGGUUUAUAAAAAUACUCGAACCAGAAACCGAUUCCCUCGAGCGAGAUAUUCAUCAUACCUCUGUUUCCAAUCCUCAAUCCGGCGAGAGUGAGGAGAGAGAAACAGGAAAAGAAUCCUUCAUACUUUUUCUGCUUUCUUUCUCUUCCUGCCUGUUUCCUUUUUCUUCAAUUCCAUUUGGCUUCAAUUUUGUGGUUAUGGGAGAUCUGAUUGGGUAACAUAUUGAUAAAAGAGAGAAUAUUGUGGGCUUUCUGUGGCUGCGAUUUUAAUGAUGACUUGCUGUUGUAAGAGGCGAAAUCAGGGGAAGGCUGCCGAUGGCGGUGGCAAAGCUAACAAUUUUAAAACGGCACCGCCUCGAGGACCCCUUUAUGGCGGUGGCAGUAUGAAAGAGCCGAGGACCGGUGGAGGUGGGGCUCCUAAGAAAGUUGCAACGAUUGAAGCACCAUCAUUCUCAUUAGAUGAGCUAAACAAGAUGACAAAUAAUUUUGGUUCAGAAUCUUCUAUUGGAGAAGGAACUUAUUGUCGGGUUUUUCAUGGAAAGUUAAACACCGGUGAAGAAGUAGUCAUAAAGAUGCUGGAUACGAGCUCUUUAUCCGAUUCUGAAUCUGAUUUUACAGACAAGUUAGCCAUGAUUUCAAGACUUAAGAAUGAGUAUUUUUCUCAACUGUGUGGUUACUGCUUGGAGAAAAACAAACGAAUCUUGGUAUUUCAAUAUGCAACCAUGGGUUGUUUGCAUGAGAUAUUACACGGGAGAAAGGGCGGUGUAGUUCUCAACUGGGCUCAGAGGGUUAAAAUUGCCUAUGGUGCAGCAAGAGGUCUUGAAUAUUUACAUGAAAAGGCUCAACCACCAAUAGUACAUUGUGAUGUAAGGUCAAGCAAUGUUCUUGUGUUUGAUGAUUUUGAAACAAAAAUAGCCGAUUUCAGCUUGAGCAAUUUGUCUUCUGACAACGCAGCUCGGCUGCAUUCAACAAGAGUGUUGGGAACUUUUGGUUACCAUGCUCCUGAAUAUGCUAUGACUGGACAGAUAACUCAAAAGAGUGAUGUCUACAGUUUUGGGGUUAUUCUUUUAGAACUUUUGACAGGAAGGAAACCUGUGGAUCACACAUUGCCGAAAGGACAACAGUCUCUCGUUACAUGGGCAACUCCAAGAUUGAGUGAGGAUAAAGUAAAGCAAUGUGUUGAUCCCAGUUUAAACAACGAUUACCCACCAAAGGCAAUUGCUAAGUUGGCAGCGGUUGCAGCACUUUGUGUCCAGUAUGAGGCAGAUUUCCGGCCAAGUUUGACAAUUGUGGUGAAGGCGUUGCAACCACUUCUUAACUCAAAACCAGCCUCAGAGUCCUAAACCUAGUCAACAUUUGACCAUCAAGCACGACAACAAAUGUCCCUAAAGAACUGCUAUUAGAUGGUAGAUCAUACUAAAAUUGUCGGUUAUACAAGAUACGCUUGUACAUAUUCUUUUUACAAAGUGUAUUCCUUGUCAUUCCCCAUACAAGCACAAUCACUUGAGUAGAAGUAUAUUUCAAUUGAAAUUUCUUUUGGGUGUA